AUAUCUCCAGGUCUAGGCUAUGGGUCAUUCUGUGGAGUUGCAAUCAUUGAUCAAGGGUGUUGUUAAAAUGCGCGCCCUUUGGUAGACGAGUCAGAGCCAGAACCGCCAGUGACUACUAUCUGACUCAAUCUUGACCCCAAUUCCGUCAGGCUCAAGGUAAGAACGGCAUGAUUCUUAGAGGCUUAAAGCAAGGACUACAUUAUCCUUCUCUUGAUAUUUCUCAGUGAUUGGUUAAAGCCUUGGAGAUACCUGCCUGAUAUCCAUACUGCUUCGGCUUUGGCAAGGGUCAAAGGGUUACCACGAUCGCAUUUAUAAGAGGAGAACUGGUCUUCCCCUUGAAUACUUCGAGUCGUCAUCGAAUAAAUUCCCAUUGUUAUGAGUCAACAUCACUAGCUCACAAGAAGCCUUACUCUACGUCUCCCACAACCCACAAGAGUACACAUCCUUGAUCAUACUCAAUAUGUCUGCCGCAAAAUCCAUCACUAUUAUCUCUUCUCCCUAUCACCUUGGUAUCCGAGAUGUUGCCGUCGGCGCUGGACCAACAGCGCUUCUCAAUGCUGGUUUCGUCGAGGCAAUUCGCAGCCUGGGCGUGGCUGUCAACCAAUUCGAGCUCGAACCUGUUGAUGACUUUGAAGGCGAUAUCGGUCGCCUUUUUGAGCUUUUGCGUCGCACUUCCAAGGCUGUGGCAGAUGUGGUUCGGAAGGGUUCCUUUCCUGUCAUCUUGGCUGGUAACUGUUCAACUACUGUUGGUGUCCAAGCCGGUAUAGCCACUGCUCUUGGAAAAGUGCCUUCUUGUGUUUGGUUCGACGCUCACGACGAUUUCAACACGCCUGAUGUUCUUAAGAGUGGAUAUCUUGACUCAAUGCCUGUUGCCAUGAUGGCAGGUCUGUGCUGGAAAACUCUCCUAUCCAGCAUCCCUGGUUUCGAAGCCUUGGAUCUCAAAGAUAACCUUGUGCAUUGUGGUAUGCGAGAUGUGACAGAUCUUGAGCGCUCUCGAGUCGAGGAAGCUGGCUUUCCUGUCAUUUGGGGAGAUUUAGAGGAUCAUGUUGACUUCGAAGGUGAACUAGGCAAGGUUCUUGAUGGGAAUAGGUUUAGCCAAACGAUGGUGCACUUGGAUCUUGACGCCCUCGAUAUCUCUGUCGGUAAUGUCAAUAAGUUCUCUGCGCAUGGUGGAUUGCUGGAGGAUGAUCUAGAGAAAUGCCUGAAGAUGAUUCCUUCAAAGGCGAAGCCGGUGUCACUGACGGUUGCAUCGUUUGAUCCUUCUUAUGAUGUACAGGGAACUAUUGAACCUGUUGCUAUCAAGGGGGCCGUUGCUUUCGUUCAGAGCUUGGUUUCACAGGGAUUUCUUGAAGGGUCCUCGGAUUAAGUAGUAGAGAUAGACCGUAUGAGAAUGAAAACUUGAUUCAUAUC